UACACCGAAACGACAUCAAGGUGGAGAGAGAGAGAGUGCAAGAGGAAGAGAGAGGGGAGGAAGAGAGAGGAAGAUUAGGAAAAUGAGAGCAGAUAGAGAGAGGAUGUGAGCGAGCCUGAGAGUGUUUCCUGAAAGGAGGAUAAAAAGAGAGAGAGAGAGAGGAGAGACCCUGGGGUGGGCUGCUGCAAGCGGCGGGCAACACCGAGCCAUGGAGGGCGAUGUGCGUGUUCGUGCAGUGGUGAUGACACGUGAUGACUCCAGUGGCGGUUGGGUGCCCCUUGGAGGUGGCGGCCUCAGUCAUGUGGUCAUAUGUAAAGGGCGGAGUCAAGAUGGCAGGGGGCGGAGAGAAUACAUCAUACGUGGAGAACGCCUGCGAGAUCGAGCACCAGUGUUGGAGUGUGCAGUGCAAAGGGGGUUGGUGUACAACAAGGUGAACCCCAUCUUCCAUCACUGGCGAGUAGAAGAUCGAAAGUUUGGCCUUACGUUCCAGAGUCCUGCGGAUGCCAUUUCCUUUGAAAAAGGGCUCCAGACUGUCAUAGACAAGCUGGACAGAGGCUCUGACUCGCCCUCGUCCUCCACACCAGAAGAGGCCGACACCGAGGAUGAUGGACAAGCUUCUCAUACAGGAAGUGAGUCGUCGUCCAACAGCAGAAAGGAGAUGCUUCCCAAACCCAUCACCAUAGUGACGAGCGAGUCGUCGUCUACCUGCUUCGUUCUGUCGGAAGAGUUUAGUUUUGGAUCCAGCCAUGCUGUCACCACUCAGACGCCUGCUCAGAUCCACACCAGGCCGGGACAGCUCUCACAAAUGACGACUGUGUUGAAUCCGCCAGCGCCUCCACCACCGCCUCCUGCUCCACCUACUCCUCCUGUGGGUCCAGCGGCCUCAUCUCCUCUGUCCCCCCUCUCACCCACCAUUUCUCUGCUGGAAGAGGGAGACCUGCGCAGUGUGGACCCUUGCAAAGAUCUGUGGGGUUCUCGAGGUUAUGAGGACUACCGGCGGGCUGGGGCCACUAGGACUAUGGUCGGGGGGCUGACCGGGGGUGUGGUUGUCGGUGGAGGAGUGAAUCUUCAGGACAAGUCAGAGCUUUGCGUUGUUCGCUUUGAGAAGGAUCUGGCAGGGGUGGGGACUGCAGGCUGCGACGUGACGGUGAGUCUGGACAGUAAAGCUGCCCAGCGGCUGUCCUCAUCGUCGCCCACCUGCAUGUCCAUGCCCAACGCCGUGUCAGGUGUGCCCUCACCUGCCGGGUCACCCCAGGAGACCUGCAAAGGGUCGCCCUCCCCCUGCUGCAUCCACACCUCACUUGCCACGCCCCGGUCGCGGACUCGUAAGAGAGGAGGAGGGGCCAGCGGUGGCGACCCAGGGGCAAUCUCCCCCGAUGACGACAGCCCGUGUCCUCAGGGUUCAUCUUCAUGCUCAUCACGUUGUGUGUACUGCCGCUCUGUUUUCAGCGCUUCGGAAAACGGGCGAGGCCGCUGCAGAGACGCCCCGGACCCGGCCCUGCACUGCCUGCGCCAGUGGACCUGUGUGUGGUGUGCAGAGAGUCUACUCUACCACUGCAUGUCGGACUCUGAGGGGGAGUUCUGGGAGCCUUGCUCUUGUGAAGACUCGCUGGGAGGCCACCCACACCCCCUGUGCUGUGCCCGCUGGUUGGCCCUCCUGGCCCUGUCCCUCUUCGUGCCCUGCAUGUGCUGCUACCUGCCUUUGCACGCCUGCCUGCGGUGUGGGGAGAGGUGUGGCUGCUGUGGGGGAAAGCACAAGGCGGUUCGAUGA